AUGGACCGUUUCCAUCCAGAUAGUGGCAGCACGACCUCCAGCGACUCCCAAAACCCCCAUCUGGCGGUUAGGACAACUCAAAGCCGUCCUGUUGAGAGUGGCACAAUCAACUUCAAAAAUCGUGGCCUGCCAAUAAUUCAUGCCGUUCAGCCCGAGAAUAGCACCGCCAAUACCGGAGCGCGCGCAACUACAGAGGAAAACGCUCCUUAUCGCCCGUACAUGGUCAAUAAGCUCGCCGUCUCCAUAAGGAACACGAGAAGUUCUCGCGGACGUGGCGUCUUUGCCAUCUGUGACUUUCCAGAGGGCCAAAGGAUCAUAGUCGAGAGCCCAGUCUUUUCUUGCGCUGCUCCAGUAGAGAACAAUGCGGCCAUCUGGCGAACAGCAUUGGCCGAACGCUGGUGUUCGAUCCCAGAUAUGCACCAGCUGUACUGCAAGUCCAAGUUUGUCAAUUUGAAAGAGAUGCCAAUGGGAGCGCAACACCUCUCACUUCACCAGAGCAGGAGAUUCUUCAGCUUUGUCAAGGAAUACGCAUUUUGCAACCCCCCGAAAAGCCUGCUACACAUCUACCCCUUAGCGGGUCAUAUAAAUCAUGCGUGCUCCCGCUGCGCCAAUGCUGAAGUAUGGAUCGAUUCAGGGCCACCGCACCGCAUCACCGUCAGGCUCAUGAAGAGGGUGAGAAGGGGCGAGGAAAUCUUUAUCAACUACAACCGGCCUGCGGGUAAUCCGUUUAGUUGCGCAGUUUGCCGCGACCGCCAGGGCAUAAAAUCUCACCUGAAAGCAUCUUGGCACAGCAUGGGUCAGUGGCUUUCCAAAGUUUCUUCGCCCAGGCAUCAGGAUGUGCAGGGGGCUGCUCCUGAGCCUUCUCAGGCAAUUGGCGUAGACGUCGAGGACACAACGACCCCAAAAAAAGUUGUGACUAAAUCAUCUCAACCACACAUUGAGAUUACUCCAAGAGACGCCGGAGUCACACCAUAUUCCGACACUCCAAGAGACGACGAAUCUUCCGAGAUUUCUAUUCCAUUUCGAUACAGAUUUAUGGCUCGGUGGAGGCUGUGCCUCACAAGGAUACGAUGA